UUAAUCGGAUUUUAUUGCAUUAUACCAAGCGUUUAUAUGGAUCGUGAUUAUAAAUAAAAAGAAACAAAAAUACUUUCUAAAACAAACAUGACAACAUUUUUUAGUGUUCUUCGAGGACCAAAGCUUUUCAGAAUUUUUCAAAACGGCCUCACACCAGGAAAAAACUAUGAACCAUCACUGCUGGAAUCAGGUGCUGACAGGGUUAUCGGAACAAUACGGUUCUGUUGGUCUCUGUCUUAUUGGACAUCACCUCUACUGAUUGGAAUUCUUUACAGGAGAGGCCAUUUUACAGCAGAAGGAGUUGUAAACCUAGGGAAGUUUGUGAUGUACAUAGGAACCUUGUAUUACACAGCAGUAUUAGUGAGAGGUUUUGGCAGAUAUAUGAACCCUGACUAUAUGACAUUUACAGCUGUUCUGAUGAAUGCUCAAAGAGUUUUUAAUGAACAAAACAGGAAACUGUUAGCGGGAUAUGACUAUGCCUACUGGGCAAGUCCAGUUGCAUGGAGGUGGAAGGAUGUUAAUGUUGGGGAGGUGAAAAAGACAAAAAUUCAAGCAUCUAGUAACAGAGACCCUCCUCGGUCUGUCUUCUCUAUUCCAACAGAUAUACUCAGUUAUAUGUGUGCAAACACGUUUGGACGACGAAUGGUGUAUCCGGGAGCAACAGCAUUAAUAAAUACACUUGUUGAGGGGCCACUCUGUCAGGGAAGAGCUAAGCUUGUGGAGGAGAAACAAGGAGAAAGAGCUAAACUUUUAACAGAGGACAACAAUGAAAUAGACACAAUGUUUGUAGAUAGAAGGAACUCAAAUUCCAGGUUUGGAAAAACUUUGGUUGUGACAUGUGAGGGUAAUGCAGGUUUCUAUGAGAUAGGUGCCAUGGCAACGCCACUUGACCUUGACUACUCUGUGAUAGGCUGGAAUCAUCCAGGAUUUGCUGGAAGCUCUGGUGUACCAUUCCCAUCACAGGAACAAUGUGCAAUAGACGCAGUUAUGCAGUAUUCUAUACAUAAACUUGGGUUUACCCCAGAUAAUAUCAUUCUAUAUGCAUGGUCGAUAGGAGGUUAUACUGCAACAUGGGCAGCUAUGAAUUAUCCAGAUGUAAAAUUUGUUAUACUGGAUGCAACUUUUGAUGAAAUGAUGCCAUUAGCUCUAGCAAAAAUGCCAGAAUUUGCAAAAAGUCUUGUUGAAAAGACUGUGAACAGAUACCUUAAUCUUGAUAUAGCCGCACAGCUUGUAACGUACCCAGGACCAGUUUUGUUGAUAAGAAGAAGUAGAGAUGAAAUGCUGACAACUAUAGACCCAACUGCAAUACACACAAAUAGAGGGAACUUCCUUCUUCUGAAGUUAUUACAAGCCAGAUAUCCAAAUAUUGUAGACAACACAACAAAGCCAGUUCUGGAAGAUUGGCUUAGCAAGGAAAAAGGAGGACAAGAAGUUCUGAUGGCAGCUUUAGAAGUUGAUAGAGAAUGGUGCACAGUAGCCAUGACGUCUUUCAUGGAGGAGGCGGAAAGUACGACAUUUCCAUUGGACAUAGGGGCAGAUUAUACAGAACAACAGAAAGCGCAUAUGGCACUGUUUCUGGCAUCUAAUUACAUGGAAGAUUUUAAUUCGACACAUUGUACUCCCCUACCAACUCAGUUCUUCAGACAGCCAUGGACAGCUAUAUAACGAUUCUUAUCUUAGGCCUUUAUCUAUAAUUUUUGAACAUUAUCUUUUUUGUGUGAUCACUCAACAUGUGUCUGGUUGGGGAAUGCAGUUUUGAAAUUGUUCUUCAUUUGUUUUAUCUAUAUCCACAGUCAUUUUUUAAUCUAAUUGGUUUAAAUGUGAAUUAU